CCGCCUGUUCCUGCUGUCCACCGGUUGGCCCUGAUCGCCCGCUACGACAAUUCGACGCGAUUCGCACGUGUGUCUUUUCACAUUUACGCGCGACCGUUGUCCACAUCCAGACAAAUCUACCAAGAGCUUUGUUGGCGCAUGCAGGCGAAGCAGGGGCGCGCGAGUUCCUUCAGGCUUAGGUUUCGCUCUCUCUCUGUGCUGUCACCAUCAUCGCUCCGUCACUCCCGCCAACGCGGACCCAUCACUAAGAUCCAGAUCGGCUGACCCACAGGACGCCAAACUUCUUCGCAUAGCAGCUAUGGCGAACCCUACUCUUAGUCUCAAAGACGAGGGCGUCGUCUCGCCCGUUGGUAUGGUCAUCGAAGAGCCGACCUUUCCGAAUAUUCCUGGCCAAGAGCCCACCGCGCCCGCGCCCACCCAAGACACAUCGACCGCAGACAUGGCUCAGAAAGACGGCGCAUCGUCGCCAGACCGACCGACUCGAGCAUCACAGCAUGCCGCCGAGUCGACAUCCAGUGUAUUCACGUCGACAUCGCGUCCCGCCCAGCACAGAUGGGCGACUGAGCGACCGAAACCUUCUGUGAGACACUCGUUACUGGGAAGAAUGCAACAACCACGCGAGGCAAGACCAGCAGCGCCCGAGAGAGCAGCGACGAUUACUUUCGACCCCGACUCCGACUCCUCCGACUCUUCAGACGAUGAGAAAGAAUAUCCUCGCAAGAGCCUCGGUCACGCUGACGACCUCACCAAGCAAGCGACACGCAAGCCACGCGGAAGCCGGUCCGGGCCCUUUUCCCGCUUGAAGAUCUCCAACGAACACUUCAACACGAAAGGCAGGGUUUCAAAAGCAGAUGGACGUCUCAAGCUUAGCAUAUUGGAGGAGAAUCUCGGUAGUGGCUACAUUGCAAAAGCUCUAGGCACAGCUUUCAAGAAGCAUGGCAACGAUGAGGACCAGGGACCUGCGAGUUACGACGAGGUCGGAGCCACCAAGAUCAAACCAGAAGAUGACGAAAUGGAACAUGACCCUGCAAGAAGGAUCAGGCUAAAUAUCGUUAUCAUUAUCAUCGGGUCGCGCGGUGACAUCCAGCCUUUCAUUCGCAUAGGCAAGAUUCUAAAGGAAGAUUAUGGGCACCGCGUUCGUCUGGCUACACACCCAGCGUUCAAAGACUUCGUGGAGAAGGAUUCGGGCUUGGAAUUCUUCUCCGUCGGUGGUAAUCCAGCCGAGCUGAUGGCCUUCAUGGUUAAAAACCCUGGUCUGAUUCCGAAUAUCGAAACAAUCAAGGAGGGUGAGAUUGGCCGACGGAGGAGCCAAAUGUACGAGAUGUUCCAAGGCAUGUGGCGUGCUUGCAUCAAUGCGACCGACGAUGAGACCGAUAAAACGAACGCCAAGAUGAUGGGCGACAAGGCACCCUUCGUCGCGGAUGCUAUCAUUUCAAAUCCGCCAAGUUUCGCUCCAACUCACAUUGCCGAGAAGUUGGGUAUACCGCUACACAUGAUGUUCACCUUCCCUUACACACCCACGAGCCAGUUCCCUCAUCCACUUGCAAACAUCAAGGCCAGUAAUGUCGAAGCGACCUACAGCAAUUUCAUGUCAUAUCCACUCGUCGAGAUGAUGAUGUGGCAAGGGCUUGGUGAUCUCAUCAACCGGUUUCGUACCCAGGUCUUGCAUCUCGAGGAAGUCAGCAGGAUAUGGGCGCCAGGUCAACUCUAUCGGCUCAAAGUACCCUACACAUAUAUGUGGUCACCGGGUCUCAUCCCAAAGCCCAAGGACUGGGGUCCAGAAAUUGACAUCUCCGGUUUUGUUUUCCUUGAUCUAGCUUCGUCAUUCACGCCACCAGAUGAGCUAAAGAAGUUUUUGGACGACGGACCUCCUCCAGUCUAUAUCGGAUUCGGCUCCAUCGUCGUAGACGAUCCAGAUCAAUUCACAAAGCUCAUCUUUGACGCUGUGAAAUCUGUCGGCUGCCGUGCUCUUGUUUCAAAGGGCUGGGGUGGGUUUGGCUCCAAUGCCGAUUGUCCGGAGAAUGUCUUCAUGCUGGAGAACACACCUCACGAUUGGCUUUUCCCGAAGUGCGCUGCUGUGGUGCAUCACGGAGGUGCUGGAACAACCGCUAUCGGUCUCAAGUGCGCUAUACCGACAAUGAUUGUGCCCUUCUUUGGUGACCAACCGUUCUGGGGUGCGAUGGUCAGCAAGGCAAAGGCCGGAGCUCACGAUUGUAUACCAUACAAAAAGCUUAGCGCUGAACGGCUAGCAGAGGGCAUCAAGCAAUGUCUCACUGAUGAAGCUAAAGAGAAUGUGAAGAAGAUCGCCGAAAGCAUCGAGAAGGAAGGUGAUGGUGCGCUUAAUGCUGUACGCUCCUUUCACAGAUCACUGCCUCUACAUGGAGAGGGCAGCAUGCGUUGCGACUUCCUCGAUAACCGUGCUGCGGUGUGGAAGAUCAAGAACACGGACAUCAAGCUUUCCGCGCUCGCAGCUGAAAUACUUGUCGAGAAGAGGAAGCUCAAAUGGAGCGACCUGCGACUUGUUCGACACUACGAAUGGAAUGACUUUGGCGGACCGGGAGAGCCUAUCACGGGCGUCUGGGGCAGCUUGAUGACAUCGUUUUCUGAUGCUGCAGCAGGUGUAGGCGGUAUGCCUGUAGAGAUGGGGAAGAGUAUCAGGAAACGGGAGAAGCUAAGGGAGAAGAAGCGCAGACAUCAACAGCGUCACGAGCAGAAAAAGGCCGCAUUAGUAAAGGCAAAUGCAAACACGCCAGAUGGAGCUCAAAGCACGGAACAGAAGCAGGACAGCCAAGAUGCAGGUCGGCCACAAGCAAAUCGCAACGAAUCAACGCUUUCCAAAAUCACGGAACCAGACGAAGAAUUGGCUGAAGAGCUUAGCCGCGAAGCUGCAUUUGGCUUCAGGAAGACCGGACACGCUAUUGCCAGAUUUCCUAUGGACUUGACACUUGCUAUCACACAGGGCUUCCACAACGCUCCGCGUCUGUACGGAGAUGAAACGGUGCGCCGUCCACCUCGAGUGACGGGUUUCCACUCUGGCACUCGUGCUGGUCGCGACGAGCUUGUUUAUGGCGUCAUGGAUGGCGUUUCGGGUCUUGUCACCCAGCCCUACAAUGGCGCGAAGAAGAACGGUGUCGUGGGCGCGGUGCGAGGCGUGGGCUUUGGCAUUGGCGGCUUCGUACUCAAGGAUAUCGCAGCCCUUCUUGGCCCUUUGGCAUACACGAUGAAGGGGCUUGACGCAGAAUACAUGAAACGAUACCAACCUACUAAUUAUCUACGCCGUGCCCGCAUUGCUGAAGGACAAAAAGAGCUGUCGAUGCUGGAAUCGAAAUCUCAGGUUUCGGCCAUUCAAGAAGCUCAACAAGGAGCCAAGCGAACCUCUGAGAAGAAGGAAUCUGUAGAGGAGAAUGUCACCAUCCGUUGGAAGGCUCUACAGAAGACGAUUGCUGAAGAAAAGAAGCAGCACAAGAACGGCAUCAUUGGGUCACUCACAGGCCGAGGUGACCAUAAAGAAGGUCAAAGAGUCGGGCGCAAGAGCACAGAAGUUGCAAAGAAAGACGGGAGGCGGUCGUACUCCAAAGGAAGACCAAACACUCAUACACCCAACGACAAGCCAGGCAGAGUCUGUCCAGAGGACCAGGCCAAGGUCGCGGAUCCUGGAAACGCACGGAGAAGUGUAGACGGAAACGCGAGAGGUGGGGGUAUGCAUAGGAUGAGUACUGCUCCUACUACUUCGUUGGAGCAUGGUGAGCAUGUCGAAAGAAAGGAACUCCAGCUUCCACCUAAACGCCAAGUGGCUGGUGAUGCUGCGCUACAGGAGGAUAAUUCGAAUCCGCUUAGCGCGACCCGUCUGAAUGACGCUGUAAAGAACAAGUCAGAACCUGAGCUUGUUAGCCCAGUUAAUGAGGCUAAAGAUCUGGUAUCUGCAGAUUCGAAGGACGCAUUGGAUGCUCCAGAACGUCCUUCCGCAGAUGGGUCCGAGGAAACCAGGGUUGGUAUUGAUCCCACCGACUGGGCCGCUGUGAGGCAGAAGACUGAGGUAUUGAACCUGGGCGAUGAGCCACCCAGAGUGGCUGGUAUAUGAGAUACGAAGGUUUUGCAUCGCACCGUACAUAGCGUGGCGUUGUUGGUCUCAGUCAUGGAGUGCUAUUGACUUAUUCUUUGUCUCUUUUCCCAUUCGAUUG